UGCGAUUAGCGAUCACCUAUUCCAUUAGUCUUUUCGAUAAAAAAUAACUUUUGUCUAUGGUCUUUCGUUAUGAAACGUCAAACGUCAAAUCACUUGCAAUCACUUGUAUCUUGUAUUUAUCAACAACAACAAAUUUGUAUGUAUCAUCAAAAUUCGAAGUUUUUAGUACUUAGUUCAACCUAAUUAAUUUUAAAUUUUGUUACACAAUAUUUCUGGAAAUGGAACCAAGAGCACGGGCUAAUGGUGAGCAGUUUUCGGCUCUUUUGGAAUACAUGGGAAGUUAAAAUAUUUGUUCAAUACGUCAUAUUGUAUAAGAAAGUUGAAAUCCUAUACAGGCGUAUGGUGCUUAUGAGUACUGUAAACAAUGAGUGACUGAGUCUGUAACUCAUAUUUCAGCCACGGGGAUUUGUCCAAACCUCAGCCUGGUGCUCAAGGCCGAUUAAGAGCCGACCGUUUAUGGCAAGAGUUGGGCAACCUAUUAAACUCGAUUGGUGGUGGGGUAAUUAAUACUCCAGAAAAAUAGAAAAGGGGAUUUAUUGAUAUACUGUGCUUUGUACAUAUUUUAUAUAAACUUCAAUUUAAAAUAGCUGUUAUUAACUACCUAAUAACACACUGUGCUUAAACUAUAACUUAAAUUGAAGGUAUGGGCGGACUGGAAGUGGAAAACAAAAAAAAAAGGCACUCAUGAUUCGGCGCCAUGCUAGCGGCACUGGUGGUGGCCCUAGUAGGUGGUAGAGGACUGAAUCUAACUAUUUUGGAAACAAGGCUGUUAGGAAUUAUUGGAGUAUUGGCUGUGGAGGGGCAUGAGGAGAUAGAAGAACAAGGAUUUGAUGUUAGAAGGGAUGUUACCUCACAACCGCCUGCAUCUCCGCCACUUCCAUUAUUAGUAAUUCCCUCGCCCACACGUUCUCCCAUUAACCAAGACCAGCCAACAGCUCCUGACACAUCACACACCUACACGCCGAGCCUCACCCCACCUCCAUCACUGCAGCCAUCUCCUCACCGACGACGUGAGGGUGCGCGUCGAAGGCGGACGCUAACGCCGUUCGAUCGAGCAGCUAGGGAGUUCGCGGCUAUUGAACAGCGCCGUCUUCAAUUGGAGGAACGACGGGUGGCGAAUGAAGGCAGAAGAAUAGAGGCGGAUAACAACAGAACCAAUGUACUGAAUCACUUAGCAGAUAUUGCUGAAUCAUUCCUUCAGCACUAUCUGCAAAGUAGAGGUCAUACUCAACAGUGUUAAGGAUGCAAUCUUAGGUGGAUGCUAACUAACUUGGAAGGGGAUAAUAAGUUUAUCCUCAAAUUACCGGAACACUAAAUUGCUUGGCAGUAGGCCUUUGUCGAUCAAGCGGUAACUAGCCACAGCCAACUUGUACAAAAACUUUAUGUUGAUUCUUUGCUUUAUACUUACUAUUUUAUGAUACUUAAAAUAUUGCUAAUUUUAAGACAAAAAAGUUUCACUCAAGUUUUAAUUUUUAAAAUAACACUGCUCCCUACUUUGAUUUAAAUUGGUCAUUUGAUUGUUGCCAAAAAUUAUUGAUAUUCAUUAUUAUAUGUAGUAGCAUGUAUGCUACUUGGUUGUAUCUUUCUAAAACCAAUUUUUUAUGAAAAUUGUAUGUAGCUACUGUCUUGUGAUGUCACACUUCAGUAGCGCGCUCUUUGUCUAACAGAAAACUUUAAAGCUAUAUAUUUCCAAGAUUAGCUAGGAUAAUAUUGAAAAAAGAUAGCCGUGUGUUGUAA